AUGGGUGCAGCAACAUUACUUGAAGUGAUAUUGGCAAUAUUCAUAACAACUGUAGGAGCCUUCCUUCUUUGUGGCUGCGGAGUGGAAUUUUGGAUCGACUUGUUGCUGACAAUAUUGGGAUACUUACCAGGGAUUAUAUAUGCGAUUUAUGUGGUCGUAAUAUAA